AUGUUAGAUGGUAUCAUUAUUCUUCUAUGUCCAUUUUUUAUUAUACCACUUCUAUCAAUAAUAUUUGCUUAUAUUAUUGAAUUUAUUCGACAAUAUAUUCAUCAACGACGAAAAAAACAAAAUCAAAUUAAAUAUUUAUCUAUUAUGAUUAUUUCAUCAAAUCAACAAGAUCUUCCACCGGCAUAUGAAACUUUAUUUUUUUGA